GUUCGGCCCAUGGGUAUGGCUUCGAACUUGCAAUUAUCAAAUAAACUCCUUACGGAAGCCACCUGGUACAUCCUCAACAAUUGCGAUGAGAUUGGACCUUACCUAAAGGAGCACUACGAGAAAUGUAAUGUGCAUACUCCAAAUUGUAUCGAUCGAACACAUCAAAUUGAGUUUCCAACUUGGUUCAAGAAACGUGUUCAGGAUCAUCGUAUCACCAACCCACUUGAUGUGACUGCUGAUCUGUAUGCGUUAGCUUGCGGUCCUGAGCGGUGGGUUACAUCCUAUGCUACUUGCAUUAUAAAUGGCAAAAGGUUCUAUACGAAACAACGUGAACUUCGGCGGCGUACACACAAUUCAGGGGUGUUCGUAACUGGUGACGAAAGUACUAAUAAUGUUGACUUCUACGGUGUUAUUAAUGAUAUCGUGGAGUUACACUACAUGGGGAGGCGUCAGGUGUACUUGUUCAUGUGUGAUUGGUUUGACAUGGGGGAUCCAAGACGAGGGGUAUGAGUUGAUAACCAUAUGACCAGUAUCAACAUGGACAGGACUUGGUAUAAGGAUGAACCAUUUGUGUUAGCAUGCCAGGCUUCCCAGUGUUUUUACAUUAGAGAUAUACGGGC